CAUACAGCAUAAUUCUAAACCAAAAUUAGAUUUUUAUUCAGAUCACCUACAGUUUAGGUUAAUAGAAUGAUCACUGGUAUAUUUGUUCGAUCGCUGUUUGGCGAUAGCAAGCCGCUUAUUCCAGUUCUCCGCCAAAAAUAUUCUUGUGGGACGAUAUCAUUUAACAACAGGUUAACAAUCAAGCCACACACUGCAACAAAAUCAUCAAAUUUGUUCAUAAACAAUUCUGCAAAGACCAGAAUACGCUGGUUUACUGCUGAUGCCAGUCCAACUAAUGGUGAAGCCAAAAUUGAAGGGAUUUUAAAAGUUGCUUUUCCGAAUUCAGAGUCCAUUCAAGUGAAGGAUAUCUCAGGGGGUUGCGGAGAUAUGUACGAGGUUCAUAUCGUGUCUUCAGACUUUAAGGGUAAAAGGGUUGUGCAGCAGCAUAAACUUGUAAAUGAAGCACUUAAAACUGAAGUGCAGAAAAUGCAUGGACUAAGGAUUUUUACCUCCGUUCCGAGCUGAUAAAAAUACAAAUUUCUGAUUGAUGUUUGCUAAAUAUUAUUUAUUAACGAAUUUUCUCUAGCAGUGCGACUAGAAGGUGUGAAGAAACUUUUUUUGAAACUAUUGCUAUUUGUCGAACAAAAAAAUCUUUGUAAAAAAACAAAAUGUACAUUGUUGAAAAGUUUUGUGCUGAUUUGUAACAUAAGCAACCUGAAUUAGCUUACUGGUACUUAUAUUUUUCAGCUGCUUUACUUUAUCAACGUUUUUUCACACCCAAUCACCUCUGCUUAUUACUUUAAAUAUUGUUUCAAUUUACGAACUAGCUAGGUUUUUUCCACCUAUAUAAUAUAUUUAAAUUACUAAUUUUUGAUUUGCUUAUUUAAACUCAAUAUAAAAUUAUUCCCAGUUCAGCAAAAUCGAGCAACCAUAACAACUAUAUAAGUACUACCAUGUUUCCAUAGAGCAUAGCAGUAGUAAUAAUUUAAUAAAGAGAUAUUUUGCCCACAACAUUAUUUUUGUAUGACCAUCUAGUUAAAUUUUCCUAUUCCACGUUGAGUAAAUCGAAAUUACAUAACUUUAAUAGCCUAAAUGCUAUUAUGUUUCCAUAGA